GAAAGGAAGCAGAGAGUGGCUAUGAGGCGGGAUGCGGGGACUUGAUCAUCCCAGGGCUGCCUCCCAGCAGCAUGGGGAGGACACCAUAUGGGGACAGAAAGACCGUUUCUGUAGCCCCACAGCUGUGUUGUGCAUGCCGUGAGGACAUAGUGGGGGAGCAACAAUCUCAGGGCACCACAUUGCUGCCACCAGCACACUGACGACAUCUCUUACCUGACACCAAGCAGCUUGUGAAGCAGAUUGUGGAAAGAAAGAGAGAGAAGGUUUGUCAAGGGAUACAGCAAGGGGACGCCCCCAGGAUCCCUCAUUUGCUGGGGUACCCACUGCCUGGGCUCUGAACUGUACAUCCUCAAGUGGCACUUUCUACUGCUCACUUACCUUGCUGUGGCCAAGUUGCUGCAGCCAUGUGUGUGCAAAAUCUCACAUUACUACACCACCCCAUGCUCAACUGGCCUCAGCUUGAAUAGACUGAGUCCCUACACCUUGCCCCUUGCCCCCCACCAGCCCUGAGGUUGGAGCCAGCAAGCAUCACCUCAGUCAUCAGGUUCCCAGAACCCUGAGGUGGGCAGAACCUUGUGUUCCAAAAAUAUUCUGCUGUGUGACAUCAGCCAUUAGCAAUGCCAGCUGGUGGAUUCUGGGGCCUCAACAAAGAACAUCACAGGGGUAAUGGAUGGAUUUUUCAUGCCAGCUAUUUUGAUUGAGGCCAUGCCCCAUGUUCCCAGAAGAGGCAACCUGGAGGCAACUCUCUCCUGGGAUCAGUGCAGCCUGCCUGGAACCUUGAAAGCUGGGGAUGCUGCCUCCAACUGCUCCAGCUCAUGGCCCCCAGCUCUGCCCCUGUGUCAGGACAGCACUUCGUGGGACAGUUCCAGCUGGCUGCUGGACCGCAGCUCCACAGCCUCAGUGGGCAGCGAGCUCCCUGCCCGCACCAUCUACAGACCUUGGUGCUCACCGUACAGCUACCUCAUCUGCACCAAAGCAGCCUCUCAGCAGCACCUCUCCUCCAGUCCACUCAGUAGCACCUGGGAGUCUGAGGAUCCCAAAAACCUCUUGGAGGCUCUCGCCUCUUUGUCCUGCUCUUCAGAGGAGCUCCAGACCCCGGAGAGUGCCAGCAACAGGGUCAGUAUCACCACUGGAGACAUCCUUGAAGCUUCCUUGGAGCAGCAUGCGCCAAAGCACGGCUACAAGUGUAUGUCAUGCUGCCGCAUCUUCCCCACGCUGUGCUCAGUCAAGAACCAUGUCCAGCGCAGCUCCCAGGAGGGCUACAGCUGCAAGGUGUAUUACUACAAGCUCAAGGCCCUGUUGGAGAAGGAGCACAAUGUACAGGAGACCAAAACCCCUUUGGUGCCUGAGUAGCUCCAGCAGCUGGGCCACUGCCGCAGGAGGGCACUGCUCCAUUGCUCCACUGCUGCACAAUAAACACCAUGCAGAUCACAGCCUGCCUGCUGCUCUCUUCGGAGGCACAGCUCUGCUGCAGCCCCUCGUUGAAAAAAUGCUUCUCACAUCCUUUCAGAAGCUGUUUUCUUUCCCCAGUGGCCAAAAAUUCCCAAUGCCUGGAAAGCUCUGCGUAGCAUCUCUGCGGAGAGGUGUGCAAGCCCCAGCAGCCCACGAGCACCCUCGAGCUGUCAAACAGCCCUGAGAUGACCCCAACACCAUUUGGGGCACCCCUCUCUCACAGUCAGCUGGCAGUCAGCACAGCUCAGAGCUGCGGGGUCCCGCAGGGGAGGAUGCUCAGUUCCAAGAGAAUCUGUGCAAUG